AUGGGCAUUUUUACCGGUCAGGGUGCGCAGUGGCCCGCCAUGCUGGCGGUCGCUUGCAACUCGCCUGAAAGCGCUACGUUAUCCGGCGAUAAAAACGUGCUCGAGGAAAUAUUGGAAAUUUUGCAGGACGAGCAGAAAUUCGCGCGCCUGCUGUUGGUCGAUAGAGCCUACCAUUCGCACCAUAUGUUUCCUUGUUCCGACCCCUACAUAACGGCAUUAAACCAAUGCGGUUGUGGUGUACCCGACGGCCAGGACAAGGGCUUGCUGAAAUGGUAUUCCUCGGUGCGCGACGGUAAACUUGUGGGUUUUGCCGACAUAACCCCUGGAUAUUGGCGCGAUAACCUCGUCUCGCCCGUCCUGUUUUCCCAUGCGUCUGGGCAAGACACUUUGGAAAACGGCCUGGAUGUCGCCGUCGAGGUCGGCCCGCACCCUAGCCUUGAGGCGCCCGCCUCCACUAUCAUUUCAGCAUGCACAGCGGAGGAGGUUCCUUACACAGGCUGCUUGCAGCGUGGUUCCGACGACGUGGCUAUUUUUGCCGCGGCGCUGGGCUAUAUUUGGAAACGUUUCGCCGCUUUUAAGCCCCUCGACGCAACCGCCUUUGUUGAAGCGGUACACGGCGCUUCGCCCACCGACAUGUCCAAACUCGUGCCAGCCUACGCAUGGGACCACACACAGGUGCUCUGGGCCGGACCGCGGGCAACGAAGAUUAAUUUCAACAGCUACACUUUUACCGACAUCUGGCCGGCAUUCUUCGAAAAAGCCCGGGACAGAUUUUCAAUGCACCUGGAUCGCAUGGAAUUCGGUAAACUCGACAUCACCAAACCGCCUUCCGAACAAGGGUUAAAAACGCACGCUUACGACUUGAUAAUCGCCUCGUCUGUAUUGCACGCAACCCCUAAACUCGUCGAAGGAAGACGCGUCCAUCGUUGGGUUGCCCGUCAAGCGGACCUUUGCCAUGGCGUUCACUUCGGCCACCGCCCUGCUCUCCGUCGCGGCGAACCUUGUAGCCAACGGCAUCGUCGGGGAUGCGCCUGCCGGCUCGUCGGUGUUGUUGUUUGA